GCGGGGCGUGUUACGUCAGGUUGUUUAAUCCGGAAACGGCGGCGACGGCAGAGUGAACAGAACCGAGGGGCUGUCGGUGGGUGCGCCGGGUCCUGAAUAAGAGAACCGUGACCCGGAAGCGGAAGCAGGUUCCCGUCGCAGCUCCGGCCUGCCAGCUGGCUCCUAUCAUCAUGGACCUGUUGUUUGGGCGCCGGAAGACGCCAGAGGAGCUGCUGCGGCAGAACCAGCGGGCCCUGAAUCGCGCCAUGAGGGAGCUGGACCGCGAGCGACAGAAAUUAGAAACCCAAGAGAAGAAAAUCAUUGCAGACAUCAAGAAGAUGGCCAAACAGGGCCAGAUGGAUGCUGUGCGCAUCAUGGCAAAAGACCUGGUGCGCACCCGGCGCUAUGUGCGCAAGUUUGUGUUGAUGCGAGCCAACAUCCAGGCUGUGUCCCUCAAGAUCCAGACGCUCAAGUCUAACAACUCGAUGGCACAAGCCAUGAAGGGCGUCACCAAGGCCAUGGGCACCAUGAACCGACAGCUUAAACUGCCCCAGAUCCAGAAGAUCAUGAUGGAGUUUGAGCGGCAGGCAGAGAUCAUGGAUAUGAAAGAAGAGAUGAUGAAUGACGCCAUUGAUGACGCCAUGGGUGAUGAGGAGGAUGAAGAGGAGAGUGAUGCUGUUGUGUCCCAGGUCCUAGAUGAACUGGGGCUGAGCCUGACAGAUGAGCUAUCAAAUCUCCCCUCCACCGGCGGCUCACUCAGUGUGGCUGCUGGUGGGAAGAAAGCAGAGGCCACAGCCUCAGCCCUGGCUGAUGCUGAUGCAGACCUGGAGGAGAGGUUGAAGAACCUGCGGAGGGACUGACCACCCCCCUGCCACCCCAGGGGGAGGGGGAACAGGUGGAUGCUGAGGAUGUUUACCAUGCUCCUCUGUAAUAAAAGAUUGGACACUA